AGAAAAUCCAGGGAAAAACGCUGGAAAAUCAAUUGAUAAUGAACUUUGAUGAGAUGGUAUUACCAUCGUGUUUUCUUUCGCAUACUGUGAUCCAGUUGUAGUUAUGAAAAUAAUAUAAUAUCAUUUAAAACAAUUGAAAAUUCGAUAAGUUCCUAGUUCAAUUGCGGAAAUAAUAAUGUCAUCCUUGAUUGUCAUGUGAAAUCGUCAAUUUAUGUUUUAACAUCGAUCGUAUGUGAAGCUUUUCAAUGAAAACAUUGUAAAAAUAGGGAAAACGCAAAGGAAGAGUGAGAAAUAGAGAGAGAGAACAUAAAGGAAACAAAAUCUAUACAUUGAAAACAGAAACAUUAAUCGCAAGUGGGUGUGAAAUUCGUGAAAAAAAAAGAAAAUGUGCACACUGUGUUAAUGCUGAAUCAGAACUGAUAAUAGAAAUUUACGGGUUACUUUUUAUUGGAUAAAAUUCGACAAGAUCCAUUUGAGAUCUGUGGUGUGUGAAUGGUUUUAAUUUUUCUGUCUAAGCCGAGUAGAUUGACAUGGAAUAAAUGAAAUGAAAACCUAUUUAAGCAAACAUCACGCAAACCAGCAGCAAUAAGAACAUAAAAAAAGAGAUUUUUGCAGUCUUCAGUUCGAAAGCAAUGCUGCCGGAAUUAUUAUUUUCGGGACCUAGCAUGCAAGAUAUAUCACGUGACGAAUUGACAUUAUUGCAAACAGGAUGUGAUAAAGAUGCAAUCUUAACGAACAAUGAAUCAGCUUUUGAUCGCAUUAAAUUGGGCCGAACUCCAGAACUUGAAUCGUUACCCACAUCUAUAAAAUUGGAAGACACAACCGAUGCAUUCCAAUGGAACACACCGACCACAAACAUUGGCUCGAAUUUACUACAUUCAGAUGAUCCAUUAAUAUCGGGCGCAUUGGAUGACAAUCAAAAUGAAUUUGAUACAAUUGCUGGCUGUGGAAAUUCACUUGUGCCCAUGGAAACACCAACAUCAACAUUUAAUAAAAAAUCGACGCGAGUUAGAAAAUCGGGUAAUUUAAAAUUACGUUUUCAUCAUCAGGCAUUGCCGCAAGAAUAUCUCGACCAUUACGAAGCCACACAAAAUCAUUUUAACACGAAAGAGAUGACUCUCGGUACAUUUUCGUCGAGUAUUCGAUCAAGUAAAAAAGAUCGAACGGCAACAUCAACACUACAAACGCCCUCCACGGAUCAUGCUGCAAAUCAAUCAGAUGCAUCCGAUACAAAGGGUGAUAAAUCCGUGCAAAUGUGGUUACAAAAAUCAUCCAAACACCAAAAUGGUAGAGACUCAACAUUACGAAUGGAGAAUGAUGGUAAUCAAUCAAAAGGCACUGUAGCAAAGCAUAGCGCAAAGGUGACCGCACAAGAUCUACCAUACAUGGGCGAAAUUACGUUAGACAAUUUCAAACCACGUCGUGGACGAAAGCCGAAAAAGGCCGAUAUUUGUCAUUUAAUUUAUAAAAAUUAUGGUACCAUUUUUCCAAAUCAAAAAACUGAAACUGAAACUGAAUUGGAAUCGGAAACACCAAAUAAUACUAAAACAUUGAUAAAUCGAUCGUUGCUCGAACGUAGAUUAAUUGAUAGUGGCGAUGGAACGGAGGUGCAAUUGACUCGUGACGGUGACGAUAACACCGAAGAGCCAUUGAAUUUAUGUGUCCGAGAUCGAUACGAUAGUGACGUGAUGACGGUGGUAUCCGAUGAAGAUGGCACCGAUAGUGAAAAAAAAUUCGCCGAUUCUAAAGCAGAUAUGCCAUUGUUGUCAACCAAUGAACCAUUGUCCACCGCGCAUUUUCCACGCAAUCUUAAAAUGGCAUUACCGAAUUUCCAGUCAGCACUUUUAGAUAAUAAGCAUGAAUUACCCGAAACCGCCGGCAUCGAUAUGGAAACGGAUAUUAAUAAUUAUAAUUGUUGGCAAAAUUCAGGAAUGUUUUUAAAUCCGAUGGUAUUGUACUUGCAAAAAAUUGCAAAUUCAAAUUCAAAUACACCGUCGCCGAAUUACGGUCAACGUGCGAGCGAAUCGCCAAAACCGGAAUCAACUGAAAGCAGUACCAGCGAUACGAAUUCGAUGCGAACCAGACAACGAAGAAUGUUAGUACCGAAAAAAAUGUCACAAUUAAUGAAAGAAGAAGCAACAAAUUCAGUGACAAAUCAAUUAAUACAAAGUGUAACGCCAACGACUGUAUCGGCAUCGAUAAGCAAUAAAGCGACAAUUACAUCGAAUGCGAAUCAAAAACAUCCAAACGCACCCAAACGAAAACGAUCGGCUAUAUUCAUUCCGCCCGUUCCCGAGGAAUCGUCCACAAAUCAUGCGACCGAAGUGAGCAUUUGCAAGUUUAAAUUUACGGGCGGUGCAAAGCCAAGUUUGCAAGAAAAGAAAAUGCUAUCGGUUGAUGCGGGCGGUAACUUUCGCUAUUACAGCGGCACCGGUGACAAAUCGAUUCGCUUUUUUCCACGCGAAAGUCUUAAACAAUCGAGCUUAAUGACGGCCUCAAGUGCUGGCGCAUUUUUAAAUACACCCGGACAAAAGAUUACAAACGAUAUUCCACCACCAUCAUUUGGAUUGAGCAAUGAAUUGCUUCAAAUACACGAAAUAAAUACACCAAGCUCCGUUGGCGCAAUGCUUUCGUCAGAAACAUCAAUACCAUCACACCAGCAACAAUUGCAACAGCAUCCAAAGCAACAACAUUAUCAUAACACACGAAAACGAAAAUCGAAGCGAUCAAUGCAACGUGAAAAAUUGGAAAAGACUUUUAAAGAAAAAGGUUUUCUCAUUCAAACACAGCAAUUGGAACAGGCCGAAGGCACAUACUGCAAAUUCAGGCAAUUGAGAAAAUUUACACGUUACUUGUUUCGCAGUUGGAAGGAUUAUUUACCAGAAUUGCAACAAAACCAAGCAAAUCCAGCAGCAGCUGCAUUGCAUCAAGCAAGAACACCAUCCAUAAUCGAUGCACCAUCGCCCAAUUUAAUGCCACCGUCACCGUCAUCUUCGCACGAAGACUAGUCCAUUUGUAUCCAUUACAAAAUUCAUCAUUUUUUUAGAAUAUUUGAAAAAAUGUUGUAUAGACACGCAGAUACUAAAAUCGUAUUUUUUGUCUUGACAUUUUUUUUAUUUAAAUAAAUUUAUUGGAAAAUAAU